AUGUAUACUGUUUCUAAGGGACCCAGCAAAAUUGUAGCGAAAACUCGAAGAGGCCUCUCACAGAACUUAGAAAGAUUGGACAGCCGUAAAGAUCACAAUAGAAAGUCAUCAGAAUCUGAUAAUGGAGAAAUUAUCAACAUGCCUAAGCCUAUUUUUCAUUCCAAUGGUAAAAAGACAAUACACCAAAGAAUACAGCACCAUGUGAUUACGCCGCAACAUGAGGAAAUUAUCAGAUUUAUCAGUGAAACUUGGACACAGACAGCAUACGGAGAAAGUGAGCCCACAACACCAACCAGUACAAAUGAAUCCGGCAGCUCGUCGCCCGCACCUCCAUCCAACCUGUACUAUCAGGACGAUGCCCCCAGCCCCGUGCUCAGAGACUUCAAACCCUUUGACCUGGAGACCUGGUGGGGCAAGCGACUCUUCCAGAACAUCACCAACUCUCUUUGA